CUCCUGCGCGUGCCAGUCUCAGCGGUGGAAGGGGAGCGAUGCGGCUCGGAGACUCCGAGUGCGGAACCCAGCAGGAGCGCAUGAGAUGCCCGAGAAUAUGAGCAAAGAGGACGGGCCGAGUCGGAGCGCAUGUUUCACAUUCACCAUAGACAGCAUCUUAAACCUGAAGCAGCGGCAAGACGGCGCGAGUUUGGACGCCUUAAAGGAGCAGAGGGACACUGAGAGUAGGAGUGAUUUUCAGAGGAGAUGCGAGGAGCUAUGGGACGUCCCGAAGAAGGAUGACAGCGAGUCAGACGAGACAGUGAAUCCCACAGUCCAUUCAGCGGAGCGAGGGGAGAGCGCCGCGCCGCUCACCGCUGCCUCCUCUCCGGAGGCGCAAGGCGCGCACGGCCCCGAGCCGCAGCAGCAGCAGCAGCAGCAGCAGCAGUCCGCCGCCGACACCAAAGCCGCGGUCAAGAAGAAGACCCGCACCAUCUUCUCCAAGAGGCAGAUCUUCCAGCUGGAGGCCACCUUCGACAUGAAGCGCUACCUGAGCAGCUCGGAGAGGGCGUGCCUCGCCAGCUCGCUGCAGCUCACGGAGACCCAGGUGAAGAUCUGGUUCCAGAACCGCCGCAACAAGCUCAAAAGACAGCUGUCCACGGACAUGGAGGGCCCGCUGGCCGCGGAACACUUCGCCGAGGCGGGGAAAAACACGCAGCUACCGAGUUUUUACAAAGACAGCAGCCUGCUGGGCGGAUGUUUGUUACCCAUGCCUUUCCCCGUCGUGUAUCCGACCGCGAACGCCGCGCCUUACAUCUACUUCUCCAACUCUGCCAAAUAUUUUGGCCUGUUUGACGGAGACUGAGUGGGGUUUUUUUCUUGGACACUACAGGAGACAAUCAUCUGCGAUCAGUUUAUUAUAUUGUUAUUAUUAUUUUAAUUAAAUCUCCGGCCUGGUUCAAAGGAUUUCUCAUCAACAAGUCCCAAACAUGCAUGUGCCACUUUUUUCUUUUCAUUAUUAUUAUUAUUAUUAUUAUUAUUAUUAUCAUCAUCAUCAUCGCUGUUGUUGGAGUUCAUCAUCUUCACAGUAAAGGAGCAUGUAUCAAAUCUCAUUUGAUCGAAUGUACCAAGUGAUACAUCAUCUUUGUUACCCCGCAAUAAUACUUCACUGCGUGCGUGUGUGUGUGUGUGUGUGUGUGUGUGUGUGUGUGUGUGUGUGUGUGUGUGUGUGUGUGUGUGUGUGUGUGUGUGUGUGUAAGCGCGCUUCUGAUUUUGUGUAUUUAUACAAGGCCUUAUUAUUGUUUGUGUUAGUUUCUGUUCACUUUACAUUUGAUAAGACUGUUAAACUGUGAACGCAGUUCUAAUCAUGACAAAGAAUUUUGCAAUAAAAUGUGGAAUAUAUGCAAUCCAUACCAUCGCCGCUGUUUGAACGGAAAACCCGCCUGGCUGCACAUUUACAAGUAUGUGCAGACGGACUUGUUGCAGAAGAAAGUUUUUUUUUUUGUUUUUUGUUUUCCCCACUCUUUCCAAGGGGAACCAGUGCAUAAGUACUCAAA